CCUAGAGCAUUCCAGAGCACUCUAGAUUACCUUUCGAUUGUAAUUUCACUGGCGGCAAAAGGUGGUAAAAUGUCUGUUUCCCCACUGUGUCAUGGUCAGGUUUUGCCCACCUGUGACGUGAGCAGACUCGUGACCAUUCUCCCUACGCUCGAACCUACCUGCGACAUUCCAGAAAAGGUGUGCACUGCCAGUAUAUAGCCUAGCUCCUAUCUCCUUAGCUGUUAAUACCCUACCACAGUUGUAUCGCAGUGCUACGGACCUCGGCCGCCCCAUAGCAAACAACAUGCAGAUAGCAAACUCAAAGGUCCAUCUUUCCUCGAUCCCAGAUACCAUCAGUGCGCUGCAAACCAUCCUCGCGCGUUCACAAGCGAUCAUUCCUGAAAACCUCGAUACCCCAUAUUCCAACAUUCCCAAUACCGAUCACUCUGCCAUUGAGCUCAAAGACCAGAGCAUCAGUGCCAUCGUCACCGAACGCCAGCAGCAGUUGAAUACAAUUCUGCACGAAAUUUCAGACCUGCAAACCAUCAUGGAUAGUAUAAAAAAUCUUCGCCACCAACUUGUUAAGGAGAAGGACAAGAUCACUCGGUCCAUGAAUUUGCACAAGGGACUCACAUCGGCUCUCUGGCGCUUGCCAACUGAAGUCAUGUCCCACAUUUUCGUUUCCUGCCUCCCAGACACGAAGCACUUGUCGCUCGCACCGAAGAUAGCUCCUAUGCUGUUGACCCGAAUAUGCCGACGAUGGAGGGAGAUUGCUGUCGGCAUACCCAGUUUGUGGUGCAGACUGUCUUUGAGCGGAGACUUGCAGCGGGCGGCUUUUUACUAUGACUCGUGGCUCAAGCGAUCACGAGGGCGUCCGCUCUCGUUAGAACUCAAAUACUUCGAUCAUCACUUGACCAAGCUUCGAAGCCUUCUUCAGCCCUACAACAAUCAAAUCUCGUCUCUCUCUAUCCAUUUUUUCCGACACCCUGAACUUCUGUUAACAGACCUCCCUGCACUAGAGGAUCUGACCAUAAGCAUCUGUGAACCUUAUGCUAUACCAGCUAUUGCACAAUCUAUCUCGGGACAGGGGUUGACUCUACACGGUCUCAAGGUAAUGGGAAUGGUGUUCGACCUCCAGCGCUUAUCGUAUUUCAAUCCCGUAUGGCCGCAGCUGAAAAAUGUCGAAAUUGCGAUAUAUCAACCCAAUGCAGUCCUCCACUUGCUCCAUCUGUGUCCCAACCUCUCCUCGUUAACGAUUCGCACAGCAUUCGACGAUAUACAGGCAUUGGAGCCAUUCACGCACACUAAACUUCAAUCCUUACGCAUCGAUCAUAACUACGCCCCCACAAACCGUUUAUCCGGCCUGUUCAAUUCUCUAUCACUCCCCAAUUUACGCAUGCUAGAAGCUCGGCGUAUACGAACAUGCCCUCAUCAGGAGUUCAAGGCACUCUUGGUACGGUCAAAUUGUCCCCUGGAGAGCCUGAUUUUCGGCGCUGGAGUGAUGACGACAGAUGACCAGCGAGCAGAAUAUGUUGCCCUUAUAUCUUCUCUCAAAGUAGUAGUGGAUCCGAAGUGUUGUUAUGCCUUUGCAUAGUAAGACCACACAUUUCGCAGAAUGAUGAUAUUGGGCUUCACGGACUUCCGCUAUAAUAGUUACUUUAUACUCUAUGCCACACAUCAGCCUCAUAGUAUAUCUCUCUUCGCAGCUCUAACUUAGGAAUUUAUGCUUCGUCUAUGUCAAUGAUACUUAGGAGCAACCUUUAUAACCAACAA